AUGUGGUGCCGAGCCGCCAUGGCAGCGUCUGGGCGAAGGUGGCUGGUGCGGCUGUUGGUUACAGUGAGGAACCUGCCCGCUCGUCGUACCCUGCACGAGGCGACACCGUCGCGGGACGUGCUGCUCUUUGAGCACGAGCGGGGCCGCUUUUUCACAGUUCUUGGGCUGUUCUGCGCCGGCCAGGGCAUCUUCUGGGCCUCCCUGUCCGUGGCAGCCUUGGCCCCACCCCCAGUCCCGGUGCGGCCUCCGGAUGUAGAGGUCGCAGACCGCAGCCGCUUGGACGUGCGCUCCGCGCUCUGGCGCUACGGUCUGGCCAUCGGCUGCGGAGCCAUCGGCACCCUGGUACUCGCCGCUGGUCUCCUCUUCUCCCUCCGCUCUGUGCGCUCAGUGAUGCUGCUGGCUGGAGGGAAGCAGGUGACUCUCACCACUCACGCCCCCUUUGGCUUGGGUGGGCAUUUCACUGUUCCCUUGAACCAGGUAUCCUGCAUGGCUCACCGGGGUGAAGUCCCUGCCAUGCUGCCUCUAAAGGUCAAAGGCCGACGCUUCUACUUCCUCUUGGACAAAGCUGGACACUUUCCCAACACGAAGCUCUUUGACAACACUGUGGGUGCGUACCGUAGCUUGUGAAAAAAACCUCAGGACACUCAUCCCUCCCAGAGGGGAAUAAAAACUGAACCUAGGAUGGGGUGACCACUGGAGUAACACAGGGGGGCCCAAGAUUCAUGAACAGCAAAUAAAAGCAGUCAUCCCAGAGGGCAGGUACCUGAGUGUACCUCUAAGUUUGCAUCUGUCUGUUCAGCCUUUACUCUUUC